AUGAGAUCGGCGUUCCUUUGCUUUGGUCUGGAGCCCCACGUGUUUUCGGGAGCUUGCAUGCUGCAGGAAGUCUGAUAAAUCAUGGCUUCCUUGCUGAGUAAGGAUUCUUACAUCCAAAACCUGGGUAGAAAGGUUUGCAUGCAACAGAAUACAGAGCCACGGAAAAGAAAGCUAGCUCCGAAAGAUGGCGCCGAUGAGCAAACCCAUCCCAAGAAAAAGAAGAAACCCCGAAAAUCCUCCAGGAGGUUUGCCCACGAGAGGGACACACGGAGCGUCCCUCAGAUCGCUUCUCUGAUCACUUCUCAAGCUCAAACGACCGCUCAGGGCUCAUUCUCCGCCGUGGACAUCUUGCGAAAACGCUUACAAGAAAAAAUCCGAGAGUCACGUGGACAGGCUUCCAGAAAAGGUCUUUCCGCGGAAGAGUCUGAAAAGAGGCUUCAGCGGAGAAAGCAAGAAAGGGAGAGGAAGAAGAGGAAGAGGAAAGAGAUGAAGAUGAAAGCGUCUCAAAGCGUAGACCAAGAGGAAGAAGCUGAAGUGAAGCCAACUCCACAAGCCAAAGAUAAAGAUCCAGCACCGUUGGUGUUCAACAAGGUGGAGGUCCACGAUGAGCCUCUCAACAAGGUGAUGCGGAAAAAAGAGAAGAAAGAGCAGGUGAAAGGAAACAUAACCCCCUUGACCGGAAAGAACUACAAACAACUACUCAGUCGUCUAGAGAUGAGAAACAAUAAACUGGAGGAGCUAAGAGAAAAGGAUGAACGUAAAGCUCAGGAGAUGGAGUCCAAGAUCAAAUGGACCAACGUCUUGUACAAGGCCGAAGGGGUGAAGAUCAAGGAUGAUGAAGGGAUGUUGAAGAAGGCCUUGAAGCGCAAGGAGAAACAGCGAGAGCAAAGGAAGAAACGCUGGGACGGUCGUAUCGAGCACACGGCUGAGCGCAUGCAGAAGAGGCAGGACAAGAGGCAACGCAACAUUCAGAAGAAGAAGACGUCCAAACUGAAUAAAAAGAAAAAUAGAGCUAGGAAGAAAGGGCGUAUUUUGCCGGAGGACUUGAACAAAGCUUAGUGUACUUUUUUUGUAAACAAUGAAAGUUAAUGAAUGUUCUGUUUUAUGUAAAAAAAAAGAAAAAAAGUACAAUAUGGACAAUAAAUUACUUGAGGUUUUUGUUGGUA